CAAAGACAUUGUUGCAAUUUCGCCAUGCGGAUUUGCGGGCCUUCGCGCCUUUUCGCUCCUCUCGUGCUGGGACUCCGGCUGCCCAUGUCGAUUCUUCCAGGGCCGUGCAGGUAUGGCAUCCACUGCGUCCGGCACGACUGUUGCUUUGUGCAUCCGCAGGGAAGGCUCAUAGACAGCGACAUCAGCCGACCAAGGCAGAAGAAUGCCCAGGUGGUGAUCAUGCGCAACGACGGUACCCUCCGCGUUUUGCUGCAACUGCGGAGCUUGUCAAUGCCGGUGAUGCCUGGGCAUUUGGCCACUGUAGGGGGCAUGCGGGACCGCACGGACCCCGACAGCUCCGUGACGGCCAUUCGCGAGGUCUUCGAAGAAACUGGACUUCUGGACGUGGGACACUUGCAGGGAGCAGAGUCAGCUCUUCAGAAGCGAGCCGAGGAGUCAGGAGCGCCCGCUCCCCAGCGCUUCUUCAAGUUCGCGGAAGGUGCCAACGUGGAUUGGUGGGUGCUGCUGCUCACCGGCCCGGGCCUUUUUGGUGAAGGUGUGGACAGCACCACGGAGUGUGCGGACAUCUCGUGGCUGCUGCCCUGGCUGCCCAGUGCUGAGCCCGCCUGCUUCGGUCAUGCCUGGCUCUGCACGGACAAAGUGAACGAGAUCCCCAGCUCUGUGCAGUUGAUGGGGGGUUUGCACCGCCGCAUCAGGGAAGCUGUGGAUGCGCUGGCCAGUGCAGAGCACCAGCCACCCACAUGAA